AUGAUCGAGGCUUACUCCAAGGUCCCCCGGCCAUUCGGAAGCGUUAUCGCCACUGAGGUCUUCCGGACCGGCUUGAUCGCCUCAGAUACCGAUUUCCGCCAAUUUGUCCAGUAUGGUAACCUCACCGGCCUGGACAUGGCCAUCAUGCAAAACUCAUAUCUCUACCACACCAGCCAAGAUAUCCCCUCGAAAAUCGAGCCAGGUGCGAUUCAACACAUGGGCGAAAACACGGUGGCAUUGCUCAGACACCUCACCUCCGCCUCGGCCAACCUAACGGACAUCAAGCCGGCCUCGACCACCGUCUUCUUCUCCGGAUUGGGCGGCUUGAUCUUCAUCAUGUAUUCCAAAACCACCGCCUUGAGGCUCUACGCCACCUUAUCCGUCGCCGCAAUCACGCUGGUCACCCGGAACAUCAAGUCUCGCCAUUACUCGCUCUACUUCCUCGCCUUUCUGGCCACUGUGGGCUCCUUAUUGGGCUUCAUCAUCGGCGCCAACUUGUUUGCAUUCAUCAUCUCGGUCGUCCUCGACAAGCCGCUCACAUGGUAUCGCUACGAAUCCUUCCCGAUCCUACUCUUCGGCCCGCCCGCCCUGGGCGGCGGAUUAUUAGUGCAGUACCUCUUCUCGCGCUUUGCGCACCGCUCCAGCCUGCUCAAGCCUGGCGACGAGGAUGUAUUAUCCCACGCGGCUCUCGCGGGACUCGUCGCUUUCAAUGGCCUCGCCUCCGUCGUUGGCGCUUACCUGGAUAUCGGCACCGCGUAUCUGCCAGCCGUCGGACUCACCUCUUUGUUCUUCUCGUUGAUGCUCAAUGACUUCGUCCUGGCCCCUUUAAGUGGCAAACGGGCUCAUUUACAUCUCCCUAUGUAUUUAUUUGCCCUGGUCCUGCCCGGAUUCUUAGGCGUUGAGGGUCUGCUGGCCUUUCUUGACUUGUUCGUGCCGAUGACUGGCAGGAUGGGCCACGACGUGCACGUCGAUUUUUUGAUUGCCAGCCUAGUUAGUGCGGUUGGCUUUAACAUAGUUUCGAUCAGCUUACCACUAGCCCAUCGAUUCAGUCGACAAGCGCUCGCGCGCUUCCUCGUCUUCCUGCUCAUGUUCUCGAGCCUGGUGGGUUUUUGGUUCACUCGACCCGACUGGAAGAUCUUUGACGCCGACCACCCCAAGCGUCUGCCGAUCCUGCACAUGGAAAACUUGACUAGUAGCUCUCCUAGCUUCGAUCUUCACAUCGCCAGCAUGGACCGCGCGCCCGGAUUCGAAAGCCUGGUGAAACACUUGAUUGAUACCCUCUCGAUCUCCGACGAAUCGCCCAUCUUGAGCUCGAUCAAUGAUGACAUUCCCGACUGGGAUAUCAUUUACCCCGUUUCUCAAUUCUUGAAAUCUUACCAAGUACCUCUGAGCUUACUCAAACACCAAGCCAUGGGAGUCGGGCAGGAUGGAGGAGACCGAUACGUCUCGCCCUGGACGGACAAAUUCAAGAUCACGAGUCUGUCGAGCAAACUAGAUUUUAUCAACCAACAGCGGACGAUCGUGCUGGCGAUCGAUCACCCGGGGAUAAUCUGGACGGUGAUUGCGUUUACGGCAGAUGUGGUAGAAUGGGAUCUGCCCUCACGGCCAUUGAGGGGCAAGCGGCGCCACCACAUCAAGGAAGCGAGCGGGUUCGGGAUCGACCGAUGGACGCUGAACGUGACGAUUGCACUGGACGAGAGGGAGUUCGAGAGUGCGGUAGAGAACGAGCAGAUGGAGAAGGGCCAGCGGGCCCGUCCGUCGGCCGACGAUACCCCCGCGCAAGCGUUCAUGCGUGCGGGCAAACUGAAGAUCGAGUUCAGCGGGAUCGACCAGCUGGGCCUCUAUCCCGCACGCUCCAAGCAGAGACAGCCCUCCCUCCCCCUACCCCCCGCUCACCCCUCCUCCGCAAACCUUUCCUCCCAUCUCGGUUGGAUCGGCAACGGUGACGGCGGCCCCGGCUUGCGGCUCUUUGACCAACUCUUCAAGCUGCUGCCUGAUUGGGUCGACCCUUUCUUACUCAGCGCAGUCUCUAACACCGGAUUCAUUUGA